AUGACGACUGUGUGGAUGAAGGUGUUGGCGUUAGCGGCGAUGCUCGUCGCCGCUCUGCUCGCCACGCCAGUGAACGCUCGCAUCCACCAUCUGGAGCUGAAGGAUGAGAGCCGUCGUUACUUUAUCAUCUCCUCGUUUGGCCUCUUGCAAGGAGGGUCAAUCACAAUCCAAGUCUCUGAUGUGCACCUGAAGAAACCCGUGGAGGCCGUUGGCUUCACGGUACACCGCAACAUGGAGGCGGCCAUCGAAUACACAAUGGACAUGCAAGACACAUGCAUCUUCUCCGAUGAUGCGAUCGUUGACGAGCGCUCCAUGCGCUUCCCGUUCACCAUCAGCGACACAGACCAAUACACAGGCUGGGGCACGCCGCUGGAUGAUCUGGCAUAUGUCAACGUGGAGGCUUCGACGGUUGACAACACCACGGUGCAGCAGGUUGUGCUGUCCCUCAAUGACAAGGCUGGCGAAGACAUCUACACGGUUGCGUUUCACAUCUGCGCCUUUGGUCCACCAGCCAUCGACGCCGAGAUCCGCAUGAUUGAGGUCAAUCCUGGCCCGGACUACCUCGGCGCUGGGCUGCGGCAACUUCCCAUUGUGUAUGGAACAACAGCGGCGCUGUUCGGUGUCGCUGCUGUUGCAUGGGCAUAUAUCCUCUGGCGCAACCGAUCAUCCAUGUACCUGUACAAGAUCCACUACAUGAUGCUCGCGCUCGUGUGCUUCAAGGUGCUGUCCAGUACAUUUCAUGCUGUCGACUACCACUUUAUCAGCACGCGCGGCACCCCAGAUGAGGGCUGGGCCAUCACAUACUACGUCAUCAACUUUGCGCGCGGCAUGCUGCUGUUCCUGACGGUGCUGCUUGUUGGCGUCGGUUACGGCUUCAUCAAGCGCGUGCUCUCCUCAAAGGAAAAGCGCCUCUUCAUGAUCGUCCUCCCACUCCAGGUCUUUGCCAACGUUGCCGCCAUUGUUCUUGAGGAAGCAGCAGAGGGAUCGCGCGAACGAAGUGCGUGGCGUGCAAUUGGGUUUACCAUCGACCUCAUCUGCUGCGGCGCCAUCCUCUUUCCCAUCGUCUGGUCAAUCGACCACCUUCAGAGUGCUGCUGAGAUUGACGGCAAAGCAGCCGUGAGCCUGCAGAAGCUUCGCCUCUUCCGCCGCUUCUAUGUUCUCAUGAUUGGCUACAUCUACCUGACGCGCAUCAUCAUCUACUUCAUGGCGAGCACGGUGCCCUUCCGCUACCGCUGGGUCACCUCCCUCCUCACAGAGCUCCUUACCCUCGGCAUGUACAUGGUCACAGGGUCAAUGUUCUCGCCGCACGAAGGCAACGACUAUGUUCGAUUGGCGCGGGCGGACGAGGAAGAUGAACAGGCGGAGUCGUAUGAGCUGGAGAACGUUAUGACACACGCAGCGCCGGGAACGGGCGUGCGCAAGGUCAACCGCCCACGCAUCAGUGGAAGGGAUGCGGAUUGA